UAUGGCUUCCACUGGGAAAAGUAGUGUAAUGUUUCAUUGACAAAAUAGUUCACUCUUUACCUGACCCAUCACAGGACAGUCAAGAGGCAACAGAGUUCUUAGCUGCUGUGCCAGUAGCAGGUGGAAUAGUUUACAUGAUGACACUGACUCUCCGUGGCUGGAUGAUCUUAUCAUAAUCAGAGGCAAGUGAAGGGACAGCGACCCGUCUGGAGUGCUGAUCCUGGAGCGGUCCCAUCUUAAAUCACACCAACAGUUUGCCCUCACUCAAAGUCUAUCGUUUACUACUCCUGUUCUCACACAGUGUGUGCCUUCUAUCAAUUCUGCCGCCAGUUGACAGAGUUGUAAUGUGUGUCCCACACUGACUGUUAUUUAUUUAUCGCGACAGGUCGGGGAUCUGAUAUUAUGUUUACUUUCGUAAAUCGCGAGUCAUAUCGUUCUAUCACCAACGAUUGUCGAUUUAACGUUACUUUGAACCAAAACAGGAGAACAGAGACUGAGUGCCCAACUUACCAAAAUAGAAGAUCUUAUUACUGAACUUUCUUUAUUUUUACUGCAUGAACAUGGAGGAUCAAGACCAUGGCUGUUGCAGCAGGUGCUGGGGUUUCAUUAUCCGGGUCAGGAGUAUGGUAACAGUUUUCAACCUGAUAGCGGUUGCACUGGGUAAGUGAAGACUAGGCAUUGCUUUGGGCAUGAUUCUGAAGACCUACGUCCCUCUGUCGGACAUUGACAAAGCCUAUGUUGGCUUUCCAGGAGAAGUACUCCUGCGGAUGCUUCAUAUGGUUACCGUUCCUUUCAUUGUGUCAAGUGUGAUAUCAGAAAUUUCUAGUCUGAGUGCUGGCACCUCCAGAAAAAUCACUGUACGUGCAGCAGUAUACUUUUUCUCAACCACUCUUCUGUCUGUUACUACAGGAUUAAUAUUGGUACUGUUGAUAAAGCCCGGGCUCGGUCAUAAUGCUGGUAAAGUUGUGACAGACGAUGAUGAUGAUGAUGAUGAAACCUUCUCCACAGUCGAUGCCUUGUUGGAUCUAAUAAGGAACAUGGUGCCACAAAAUCUGGUUCGGGCUAGCUUUCAACAGUACAAGACUCGGAAGGUGGAGUUUGAAAUUGAAGAAGCUGAUCAAAAUUUUAGCCUGGAAAUGAAAAGCACAGAAGUGCGUCUGGUGGGUAAACAUGUUGAUGGACUCAAUUCUGUGGGCCUGAUUAUCUGGUCUAUUAUUUUUGGACUGGCCCUCAGGAGCAUGGGAGAAAGAGGGAAACUCUUUGUGGAUAUCCUAAUCGCCAUCAACGACGCCUUCAAACAUGUGAUUCGAAUGAUAAUAGGCUUCUUGCCAAUCGCAGUGUUGUUUAUGACUGCAAGCUAUAUUGUUGAGGUUGGGGACAACUGGGGGACUGUCGUCAAACUUGGAAAGUUCAUAGCAGUGGUCGUUUGUGGGCUCAUCAUCCAUGGAGGAGUAUUUCUGCCACUGAUCUAUCUCCUGUGUGUGAGACGAAACCCCUUUCCUGUCAUUAAGGGGGUUUCUCCUGCCUUACUGAGGUCCAUGCUAAUCUCACGCAGCCAUGCAGCCUCGCUGACUGUGCGAUGUUGUGAGCAAGUAAACAUGAUUGACAGAAGAAUCACUCGUUUCAUGCUGCCGAUUGGGAUCAAUAUGAACAUGGACGGAACAGCGCUUUAUGAAGUGGCUGCGGCAGUUUUCAUUGCCCAACUCAACAGCAUCAGUCUGAACUGGAGCCAGUUAAUUACCCUUGGUGCGACAGUAUUAGUAUCCAGCGUAGGAGAAGCAGGGAUCCCAGCUACAGGAACAGUCACCACCCUCUUCAUUUUGACAGUCAUAGGGAUUCCUGCGAGGGACGCUUCCCUUUUGUUGGUUAUAGAAUGGCUGCUAGAUCGCGGCAACACUGCUGUCAACGUCCUGGGCGACUGCAUUGGCGUGGCGCUUGUUGAGCAUCUAUCAAGGAAAGAACUGGAAGAAAUGGACGAGCAAGGACAGGACAUGGCGAGUGAUUGGAUAACAGAGUUCGACACUGAUAGUGAGGAUUUCCAGGUCCAGGUCCAUACCAACAGCCGAGUCCCUCAACACAGCAAACAGUCAACUGCUACAAGACAGCAGCCGAAGACCAAGCAUAUGUAGCCUCAGCUCACCAUGAACAGGGCUGACUUAUUUCAUUUAUUUGCUAUCUAUAACAUUUGUUUUGCAUUUUGUACUUUAAAAUAAGCCUGUUAGCAAUUAUUUCUAUUCAUAUCCUAUUUUGUAGUUUAUGUAGAUAUAAUUCUAGUGAGCUAGAU